CAAUUCGGCUCGUUUAUAAUUUUCCCUUUUGAUCAUCUUUGAAUAGCGAAUGACACUGUCGUCCGUCAUGGCUACAAAAAUCGCCUUUUCAUUCAAAGGAACUCCUGCUUAUGGUGCUUUGGCUACUGCCUAUGCUCUGAUGGCCAUUCGUAAAGAGAAUGCGACUGGUUUGGCUGCAAACAGUUGUGCAAAUAUUCAGACUUCAUUCUCUGCUACCCAAGACAAGGAUGUUGUGUUGGAUCAUGAUGGACAGACCAUUACUGGAUCAAAUGCUGUCUGUCGUUCGCUUGCUGCACUUCAUUCUACCUGUGGUCUGUAUGGCUCUUCUGCUGCUGUUUCUUCUCAGAUUGAUUACUGGUUAGACUUCUCUCAGGACAAUCUGUUUGUUACCGAUUUUAAAAAACUCGCAUCAUCGUUUGAUGUCUUGAACAACCAUUUGACCCUUCGUUCAUUCAUUAUCGGAUGCUCGGCUACCAUUGCUGAUCUUGCUGUUUGGGGUGCUCUCAAAUCCAACGCUAUAUUCAAUAAACAGCUCAAGGGCGGAAAGUACGAUGGAGAAUAUCUGAUUAGAUGGUAUAAUUCAGUCAGUGCUCUUGAUUUUGUCAUUUCUGGAUUAAAGGAUCUGGAUGUGGCCAAGAAUGCUGCAAAAGAUCGCAAAGAUCAAGGGUCAAUGAGUAUCGAUCUUCCAGAUGCCAUAGAAGGCAAAGUUGUCACUCGUUUUCCUCCAGAACCCAGUGGCUAUCUUCAUAUUGGCCACGCCAAAGCCGUUUUGCUAAACGAUUACUUUGCUCGCCAAUACAAGGGAAAGCUAAUCAUCCGAUUUGACGAUACCAAUCCUAGCAAGGAAAAGUUGGAAUUUCAGGACAGUAUCACUGAAGAUAUAGCACUUCUUGGUGUCAAGGGCGAUAUCUUAUCCCACACUUCGGACCAUUUUGAUCAUUUACUGUCCGAGGCUAUUCGACUCAUUAAGCUUGGUAAGGCGUAUGUGGACGACACCGUUCAGGAAGUUAUGCGUGCUGAGCGUUUUGAUGGUAUUGAUUCCAAAAAUCGUAAUUUGUCUAUUGAAGAAAAUCUGAGCCGGUUUGAAGACAUGAAAAAUGGUACCGAGUCGGGUCUUAAAUCAUGUCUUCGUGCCAAAAUCGAUAUGCAGGACAAGAACAAGGCAAUGCGCGAUCCGGUAAUUUACCGUUGUAACCUAAUACCUCAUCAUCGUACAGGAUCACAGUACAAGGUGUAUCCAACUUAUGAUUUUUCAUGUCCUAUUGUCGACUCUCGUGAAGGCGUAACCCAUGCUCUUCGUACUAUCGAAUACCGUGAUCGUAAUGCCCAAUAUGCCUGGUUCAUAAAGACGCUUGAUCUUCGCUGGGUUCAUGUCUGGGACUUUAGUCGUUUGAACUUUGUCUACACACUGCUUUCAAAGCGCAAGCUAACUUGGUUUGUUGAUGAAAAGCAUGUUUCUGGAUGGGACGAUCCUCGCUUCCCUACAGUUAGGGGAAUUCGUCGCCGUGGUCUAACCAUUGAUGCGUUGCGCCAAUACAUUAUCUCACAAGGUGCAUCUCAACGCGAUCUUAUGCUUGAGUGGGAUAAGCUGUGGACAAUGAACAAAAAGGUUAUUGACCCUAUUUCUCCUCGCUAUGUUGGCAUUGCCAAAAAGGAUAUUGUCAAGGGAAUAUUUAUUGACGAGACGAUUAAAGUGCACACCAAAGAGCUUCUCAAACACAAAAAGAAUGCCGAUCUGGGAGUUAAAACCACUACUUUUGGACCCGAGAUUUAUCUUGAGCAAAACGAUGCCAAGGACUUUGAGCAAGACGAGGAAGUCACUCUCAUGGAUUGGGGCAAUGCAUUUGUCAAGUCCAUUCGACGCAAUCCAGAAACAAAUCAGGUUGAAAGCGUCGAACUUGCUCUGCAUCUUGCUGGUGAUGUGAAAAAGACCAAGAAGAAGUUGACGUGGCUUUCAAGCAGCAUGGAUCUGGCAGAAGCCUCAAAGCCAGUGGACCUCACUCUUUUUGAUUAUGACUACCUUAUCACAAAGAAAAAGCUCGAAGAAGAAGACAGUGUUCAAGACUACCUUACUCCUGUCACAGAGUUCAAGGUGGACGCUUUUGGUGAUGCCAACUUGCGUCUUGUCAAAAAAGGUGACAUUUUGCAGCUUGAGCGCAAAGGAUACUACAUUUGCGAUCGUGCAUAUGAUGCGAAUACUCCUGAUCUUGCUAUCCAUUUAAUUUUCAUUCCAGAUGGAAAACUUGCAUCGCUUGCUUCAAAGGCAACUGACAAUAGUUGCGCAGCCUCUACAAAGCCUCUUGGCUCUAGUUCCGCCACUGCCAACAAGAAAAAGGAGGGCAAAGCAACUUGCGUUGCCGCUAACGAAAAAAGUGGAGGUGUAGCAGCUGGCAGUAUUGUUUGUCCCGAUACAAUGUAUCAAGUUGAUUCUGUUUAUGGCCAACAAGAAAGCAUAUUAGAUUAUCCCAAUGAUAAGAUGUACAAGGUGGAACCCGUCUAUGGACCUGAAGAUUUAGGUACUCAAAAACCUAAAAAGGCAGCCAAAGCAGCAGCCAAACUAUCUGGAUCUGCUAAAGUAUCUGAAGCCCCCAAGACAGCUACCAUGGAAUCAUCAUUAAUUUCCAAGCUGGAUAUUGUUGUCGGAAAAGUGCUGGAUGUCAAGAAGCACCCUGAUGCGGAUACUUUGUAUGUUGAGCAGAUUGAUGUUGGCGAGGACAAGCCUCGUGAAGUGGUUUCUGGGCUUGUGAAAUUUAUGACUGAGGAUGAAAUUCGAGGCAAAACCAUUUUGGUUCUCAAGAACCUCAAACCUGUUGCAAUGCGUGGCAUCAAGUCCUACGCAAUGGUGCUUUGUGCAUCCAAUGCCACGCAUGACAAGAUAGAGUUUCUUGUUCCUCCUGCUGGCAGUGUUCCCGGAGAUCGUGUUUAUUUCCAAGGUCAUGAGGGUGUGCCCGAGGCACAGCUUAAUCCUAAAAAGAAGGUUUGGGAGGCGAUUCAACCGGAUUUCACUACUCGAGAUGAUCUGGUUGCAGUCUGGAAAGAUGUCGAGUUUCGUACUGCCAAGGGUGUUGUCACAACUUCUUCUCUUGCCAAAGCCAGUAUCAAAUAAGUACUGCACCACUUUCAAUCUCAAAAUAAAAAAUUGACAAGAUUAACUAUCCAUUAGC